CCUCGUGUGGUAGUUCUGGUACGGCUGUGAGGCAGGGGCUCACUUACUGAAAAAGAGGUUAAAAACACGUUUUUUGGGGGAGUCACCUCAUUUAAAAAGUUGUCAUGUCCUCCUACACUUGCAUCAGCUGCCGAGUGGCUUUUGCAGAUGGUGAUGUGCAGCGAGCGCACUAUAAAACCGACUGGCACCGCUACAACCUGAAGCGCAAGGUGGCUGACAUGCCACCUGUCACUGCUGAAAACUUCCAGGAGCGCGUCCUUGCACAGAGGGCAGCUGCCGAACAGCAUCUGAAUGACGCAACGGUCACAGAGGGCUGUGCCGUCUGCAACAAGAAGUUCUCCAGUGCCAAUGCCUUCCAGAACCACCUGCAGUCCCACAAACACCAGCAGGCCGAGAAGCAGGCCCUGCUGGCCGCCCAGAGGAAAGUGGAGAAGAUGAACGAGAAGAACCGGGAAAAAGGACUCGGUGAUGAGAAGGUGGAUCACGAUGCCAGGAACGAGGCCCUGCAGCAAGCCCUGAAAGAGCAGCAGAGACCGAGCCUGGCCAAGCAAGGGACGGCCCAGACGUCGCAAGGGGCGACGAAGCAUAGGACAGACAGGCUGGAAAAACCUCCCCGGAUGAUGUGGCUGGAGGAGCAAGCCAAGAGGCGAGAGAGAGGAGAGGGAGCCACAGCUGAGGAAGAAGAGUGGGAGGAUGUUGAUGAUGAUGAUGAUGAUGAUGAUGAUGAUGAGAUGGAGGAGGAGGAGGAUGAAGAAGAAGAGGAGACGAUGGAUCAGGAGGAAGGAGACUCUGCGUCUCCGUCUGACCCCCACCCAGCUGCUCUGCCGGGCUCCAUCCCUGUCACCAACUGCCUGUUCUGCCCCCACCACUCAAAGUCGCUCAUGAAGAACGUCGCCCACAUGACCAAAGUUCACAGCUUCUUCAUCCCUGACGUGGAGUUCCUCGUCGACCUCAAGGGCCUCAUCCGUUACCUGGGAGAAAAAGUCGGCGCCGGGAACGUGUGUCUGUGGUGUAACGAGAAGGGCCGUUCUUUUUACUCGACAGAAGCGGUGCAGAGUCACAUGACAGACAAAAGCCACUGUAAACUCUUCACAGACGGAGACACUGCCCUGGAGUUUGCAGACUUCUACGACUUCAGGAGCAGCUACCCUGACAGAAAGGAGGGAGAGGAUUCUGAAAUGAAGGAGGAGGAGCUGCCCGACGACAAAAACCUGGAGUACGACGACGAAACACUGGAGCUGACUCUGCCGUCAGGUGCUAAGAUCGGCCACCGCUCCCUCAUGAGGUACUACAAACAGCGAUUUGGAACCCAGCGAGCGGUGGCACUCACCCACAACAGGAACGCUGUGGGCAGAGUCCUCCGGCAGUACAGAGCCCUGGGCUGGGGAGGAGAUGGAGGCAACAGCUCCUUCCAUCAGAAACAGAGAGACAUGCAGUACGUACAGAUGAUGAAGUCAAAAUGGAUGCUGAAGAUGGGCAUGAGCCACAACGCCACCAAGCAGAAGCACUUCAGAGCCCAAGUCAUGUUCUAAACUGGGUCUGGAGGGAAACAUGUGGUGUGGAGUGGGACAUGGACUGGUCACAUCUCUGCUGUUUUCCAGCCAACAGGACAGAAUCAAGUACAGCUACAAGAGUUGUGGUUUCUUCUUGUACUGUGAUAUCAAACCUAGCGAUCACCUCACAUCAGUAAUCUCAUGUUGUGUUUGAAGUAAAUGCAGCCUUGGUGAUUAGAGGUUUGAUAACUGCAGUAAAGACCCUGACUGGUAGAAAUCUUUAGCAACUUUACUUCUAAGAAUUCAUAUAUGAAUUCUUGCAUAUGAGCAGUUACAAAUUUCCAUCUUUCAUACAUCUCUGUAAACAGUAAAUCUGCUUGAAAUUGACUUGUGAUAGGAAUCCAAUUGGAAACCGACAUUUCAUUAACUUAACCGUAAAAAUAACCACUUAGGUGGAGAUCAAGGGCACAAGUCACAUUUACAAGAUUAUUUUGAAAUUAUAUGGAUCAUAUAAAAACUACACUAUAUCAAUAUUAAGGAGGUGGUCUUGCCCUUUGGACUCUUCACACUUUUUAUGGACUAAUGACAGGAUUUCAUCUUUACGAUUCACCAUGCUCUUAAUACAUCCAACUAAAUAAAUGUGUUUUAUAUUUA